AUGGGUUGGUUUUGGGCCGAUAAAGUUGUAUCAACUAGAGAUAAUAAUAAUAACAAUAAUAAUAAUGUUAAUAUAGAUGAUGAUGAUAAUAAUAAUAUAUCACUAUGUCCUGUAAUGCGUAAUAGUAGUAGUAAUAGUAAUAAUAACAGUCGUGGUGGCAAUACAAAAGAACAGUAUAGUCAUGAUAGCAACGUUCCAGCUGGACUUAAUCCCUUGAACUAUAUACCCAAAGACCUUUCCUCCACAGAGACACAGCCCGGUCAGAAAUUGUCUCUGACUACAACUAAAACUAUCUCGUCUAUCCCCCGUGGUGAACAGCAAGGCAAAUGGGAGUAUCCUUCCGCUCAACAGAUGUAUAAUGCCAUGGUGAAAAAGGGCAAGAUAGGUUCCCAUGAAACCUUACAGGAAGAUACAGUAGAGGCUAUGGUCCAGAUACAUAAUUUCUUAAACGAAAGUUGUUGGUAUGAGAUCUUGAGGUGGGAAAAACCUUACACUGAUCAAACACACUUGGAACCGAAGUUAUUGAAGUUUAUGGGUAAACCUGGAGUAUUGACUCCCAGAGCUAAAAUUAACCAUUACUUGAGUUAUAUUUUCCCUUGGUACUUCCAUGGUGAUUUACCUUUCGAUAGACACGACUGGAUCGUUUUACGAGGUGAACCAAACAAUAACACUGACACUAGCGUUGGCACUAACACAACAGAACCUAAGUAUAUUCAGGUUAGGUACGUGUUGGAUUUUUAUGGUGGACCGGAUGAUGCUAAUGGAAUGCCAACUUUUAGUGUUGACGUUAGACCUGCUUUAGAUAAUUUUACUAAUGUUAAAGAUAGGUUUAACCAUUUUACUUCAGCCAUUUUAUCUAAAUUGUCUAAAGACGAAAGGUGA